AUGAGUAGGCAGACAAGUGGGAGUGCGACUCUGGAUUUGCUCUCACAGUAUAAUAGUUAUAUUUCUGAAAGAGAUAAAGCUAUAGAGGAAAUUGAAAAAAAAUCAGACUUUGAUGAUAAGAGACUCUCAUAUGAUGACUUGUUCAAAGAAAACGUGAAAUUGAAAUUACAAGUUACUGAAUAUGAAGCUGAAAUUAGCAGUCUAAAGAAAAUGAUAGACCUACUUAAGAAGAACAGAAAUUCAGUGAUACUAGAACAGACACAUGGGAACACAGAAGAAGCGGAAUUGGUACAUAAUGAAGUUGUCUUGCCUCCGAGAUCUGCUAAUAGAAAGACGAACGCAAAGGACUUGACCAUUGGGAUUCCGAACAAGACUCCCAAAUCAAGUUUCGAGAGCUCAAUUGAGUCAGUACCCAAAAGCUCAUCAAGUGUCGAUUUUACAAGGUCUAAUGACUUGAAAACUGAUGAGCCAAACCAGCUUAGAAACCUGUCAUCAUCUUCUAAAGUGACCACACAGAGCCUCGAAAGGAUGCCCGAUACGUUUUUUGAAGAGCCAGGGGCUAGUACAACGACAGUGGAUCUGUUAAACACGGAAAAUGACGAAACUUUACCAUUUCUGAAUUCAAAAUCACAAUCAAAUCUAUCAGCCAAGUCUAAUGAUAUAUUUGGAAGUCCCGCUGCUUCAGUAACCUAUACGACUUCUAGAAUCACUAUAAAGUCACCAAAUAAGUCUUUACGUUCUCCAUUACAGGAUAGAUCCCAUUUUAAAUCUCCUCAAAGUGCAAACAGAAUCACAGCAGUGGUUAAUAAUCAACUUCAUUCUCCUUCUAAGACGUUAUCCGAAGAUACAAACUUAUUUGCAAGAUCAUCUCCUCACAUUAUCAACAAUAUGACUAGUCCAUCACAGGAGAGAAAUGCGACAGUUUCACAUAAAGAUUUAGAGUUUUCUCCCGAUGCUAAAGCUAAACUAACAACAUUCAGCCAAUUGCUCGAUAAUUCGUUUGGAGAAGACCAGAACUCUCCAGUCACAAAUGGUAGCAUAAAGGAUCAACACUCAGCGACAUCGCUUCCUUACGCACCAGCGUUACCUCCUCCAAAGUUCGUCAACUCAAAUAUGUCUUCCCCUGGCUCCAACCAGUUAGGAUCUCCUGUCAUUUUGAAUAAAACACGUCCAAUGAUCAAUCUAAUGGAAAGUGGAAGUCCUCUUCCACUGGGUCUUCAAAGUAGCCCAGCUUCCACAGAGCCUCGUCAUAAUGGUAAUGGCAACGGGACUAUAGUUGUAACAAAAACCUUACUAUGGAUAGUAUAUCUGCAUCUUCUCAAAGUACAUACAACAACAAUCAGACCAAAAUUCCCAUCUACUAUCAAGUUUCCCAUCCAUACCAUCCAAUUCGGCGCAAAAUUCACUGAAAUAAAUAAUAGGCAACGCUCACCCAGCACAAACACCGUAAGAUCUACAGCUCAAAGUUUCAUGUCUGAUAUACCAUUAUUUGUGCAACCAGAAGAAUUUGGUACCAUUAGAGUAGAGGUUGUAAGUUCUUUAUACCAAGACAACGAGACGGAAAUGGAAAGUGAAGAUAACUCGAUAUUAAUCAGUGUAAUUGACAGAAAAUCAGAUAAAGAAAUGUUCAAAUUUGCUAAAUCAAUCCAAAAAAUUAGAGAACUAGACGUCUAUUUGAAAUCUCACGUUUCAACUUUAUCAUUACCAUCAUUACCCGAAAGGGCAUUAUUCAGGACCAUAGUGCCGUCAAAAGUCGAUACGAGAAGAGAAAAGUUGAAUGAUUAUUUUAGGAGUAUAUUUAGCGUCCCUGAAUAUCCUCAAAAUGUUUCUUUAAAAAUUGCCCAAUUUUUAAGCACCGAUACCGCUAUGAACCCUGUUGUUCUUGGUGAUACCAGUAAAGAAGGCACUUUGAUAAUGCGAAGACCUAAAAAGACUUUGAGUAACAACACCUCAUGGAAAGUCAGAUAUGGUAUGUUAAACGGUGCUCAAUUACAGUUGUUGGAUAAUGGACAACUUGCUGAGACGAUACGAUUAAGACAAGCAACAAUUGAAUUAGUUCCUAAUAUCCCAGAAGACAAGUAUGGUACAAAGAAUGGAUUUCUCAUUACUGAGCAUAAGAAGAAUGGGUUGUCUGCAAGUACUAAAUAUUUCUUGUGUAGUGAAACAUCCAAGGAAAGGGAACUUUGGGUUGCAGCUCUGAGUGAAUUCACGGAUACUGGUUCAUUAUCUUCAGCCAACACAAGCCAUUCAAAUGCACCAACAUUAAAAUUAAAUAAACCUACUGAAUCGAAGAAUUUUUUUGCAAAACCUGAGAUAUCCCAACCACCAGGUUUUGAUGAUCAAGUAUAUGUUACCGACUUGUCACAGGUUGAUGGAGCUCAUUCUCAUCACUCAACCAUAACAAGCAACACAGGCUUUGACACCACACUAUCCUCAUCGCCUCGGGAGCAUGGCGAAAACAAUAUUGAAGACGACAGAGAGCUUAGACGUAUCAAAAUGAGAAGUCUUUUCCCCUUUAAAAAACUGACCACUACAUCAGGUAGUAGCGGGGGCGACAUAUUAGAAUCACAAGAACCUGGUCUUAAGUCUCCCGAUAAACUAGCCAGCAUAUUCUCAUCUCCAGUGAGCAAACAUCCUCUAAAUUCAGCUAAUGAACCUGCGGUAUUUGGAACAUCCUUGGAAAUAUGUUUGAAGCUAAGUUCUCACACUUAUCAAGGUGUUUUUGAAAUACCGAGCGUGGUUUAUAGAUGUUUAGAAUAUCUUUACAAAAACAUGGGGAUUCAAGAAGAGGGCAUUUUCAGAUUAAGCGGUUCGAGCAAUUUGAUCAAAUCGGUACAAGAGCAAUUUGACAGGGAAUAUGAUAUCGACUUAUGCUCCUAUAACGUUGGAGGGGAUGAAGAAUCUUUUCUGGGUGUCAACACAGUUUCUGGUAUUCUAAAAUUAUAUUUGAGAAGACUGCCACAUCUGAUUUUUGGUGAUGAGCAAUUCCAAAUCUUUAAAGAUAUUACCGAUAACAAUCACAACAAUCCAGAAGCCAUUGCCAUUGAAUUCAGAAAUAUUAUAAAAGGCGGCCGCGUGCCGCGUGCAAAUGUUUCUUUAAUGUACUCACUUUUUGAACUGUUGUUGAGGAUCAAUGAGAACAGUAAAUAUAAUAAGAUGAAUUUGAGAAAUUUGUGCAUCGUGUUUUCUCCCACUUUAAAUAUACCAAUCACUAUGUUACAACCCUUUAUUGAGGAUUUCAAAUGUAUUUUCAAGGGAGAAGAGCCUAUUAGUAAUGACAAGAGAGAAAGUUUAGAUAUUCAUAUCCCAGGCGUGUAG